AGUCUAAUGAUAAGAGUGGAUGCUCUGAAGGAGGCUGGUGACAGUGAUUGCGGGGAAGGAUUGACUUCUUAACACAUGUACUGAGAGAGCUUUACUCUGGAGGUGGAGCAGUGGGUCAAAAGCACUUUGAGGGUUGCCUUCUUCUUAGGAUUUCUUUGGCUCAACUGUCUUUCUCAUCCUUCUAUACGUACGUUCCAGGGUAUGAACGGUGAGCAAUGAACCCCGGGAAUUGGAGCCAGGUAGCAGAGUUCAUCAUCUUGGGCUUUCCCCAUCUUCAGGGUGUUCAGGCUUAUCUCUUUCUCUUGCUACUUCUAAUCUACCUCACCACUGUCCUGGGGAACCUGCUGAUAUUCCUGCUGGUCUGCCUGGACUCCCGGCUCCACACACCCAUGUACCGCUUCAUCAGCAUUCUCUCCUUCCUGGAGCUUGGCUACACAGCUGCCACCAUCCCCAAGAUGCUGUGGAACUUGCUCAGUGAGAAGAAAACCAUUUCUUUCUCUGGAUGCCUUCUGCAGAUCUAUUUCUUUCACUCUCUUGGGGCUACAGAGUGCUAUCUCCUCACAGCUAUGGCUUACGACAGGUACUUAGCCAUCUGCCAGCCUCUCCACUACCCUACUCGCAUGACGCUGGCACUCUGUGUCAAGAUUGUGGUUGGCUGUUGGUUGGGAGGCUUGGCUGGACCAGUGGCUGAAAUUUCCUUGGUCUCCCGCCUUCCUUUCUGUGGCCCCAAUCGCAUUCAGCACAUCUUUUGUGAUUUCCCUCCUGUGCUGAGCUUAGCAUGUACUGACACCUCUGUCAAUGUCCUAGUGGACUUUGUCAUCAACUCCUGCAAGAUCCUGGCCACCUUUCUGUUGAUCUUUAGCUCCUAUGUGCAGAUCAUCCGCACAGUGCUCAGAAUUCCUUCAGCUGCAGGUAAGAGGAAGGCCUUCUCCACGUGUGCCUCCCACCUCACUGUGGUUCUCAUCUUCUACGGGAGCAUCCUCUUCAUGUAUGUGCGGCUAAAGAAAAGCUACUCGCUGGACCACGACCGGGCCCUGGCGGUGGUCUACUCAGUGCUCACACCCUUCCUAAACCCCUUUAUCUACAGCUUGCGCAACAAGGAGAUCAAAGAGGCUGUGAGGAGGCAAUUGAAGAGGACAGGGAUCCUGGAGUGAAGGGGGAGGAGGCAGGCCAAGUGCGAAGCUGAGGAUUCGGUGACCUUGGGGAUCUUCGGUAGCCACUGAUGAAGUGUCAAGCAUUCAGGGCUUUUCUACACUGGAUACUGAACUGGUGCAAAUGCUACCUAGUUUUCAGUGUUAAUGCAACCAUUAUACUAUCUGCUGCAGCCACGUGCAACUUGAAACCGGAGACGGGAAAAGUACACUUUCUCUCCAGCAAUACGAUGCAGUGCAGCGAUUUUCAAA